GGCUGGGAAAGCUAACAGGGACUUGGGAUGUCUUGGGCCAAGCAUCUGUGUCAGGGCGCUGGGUUGAAAACAGAAUAAAUGAGUUUAACAACGAUCACAGCUCUCUGCCAUGUCCUGGGAAGCAAGCUGGAUCGCAUCCUUCACUAUCAUAAUGCUCUGGCAGGGGGAAAUCCAUCCAUACGGCCCCAGCCAGCAGCACGGCAGCCCCUCAAAAGAGUGAGGAGUGCUGGGGAAGGGAGCACAGCUGGGCUGUCACCUCCCUCCUCCUGUUAAUGUUUACAAGGCAGGUCCUGUGUUACUGCCAUCUGUCCAAAGACCACAUCCAGAUCCCUCCCUGGCUCUCCUUGGGUUCCUCCUUCCUGCUGAUCAAGCCCAGGCUGCGGGAUGGUGGCAGGGAGAAAAAACCCAGCUCCCCACGGGCUCCGUAACACUACUGGUCCCACUCUCCCACUGGACACCUCCGGUUCCGAUUCCCGGGCUGGUGGGUGCAGAUGAGUAAUGCCACACGUGCCUUGUCCUCUCCUGUGGUGGCUGGCAGUCCAGGGCCUGUCACGGUGGCCAGGCUGGCCUCAGCCCCGACAUCCCCAGCCCUUGUCCUGCUCACAGCCACCCACAACAACUCUGAAGAUGGCCAGCAACUUUUCCUGACCACGACAGCAGCACAGGUCAUCUCCGGCAUCUUCGUGUGGUCGGCACUCAUUGUCACCUUCCACCAGAUCUACACACACCUGAGGAAUUACACCAUCCCCAAGGAGCAGCGCUACAUCAUCCGCAUCCUCUUCAUCGUGCCUGUCUAUGCCUUCGACUCCUGGCUCAGCCUCCUCCUCCUUGGCAGCCACCAGUAUUAUGUCUACUUCGACUCAGUGCGUGACUGCUAUGAAGCUUUUGUGAUUUACAGCUUCCUGAGCCUGUGCUUCGAGUACCUCGGAGGGGAGAGCACCAUCAUGUCAGAGAUCCGUGGGAAGCCCAUUGUCUCCAGCUGCUUUUACGGGACCUGCUGCCUUCAGGGCAUGUCCUACUCCAUUGGGUUCCUGCGCUUCUGCAAGCAGGCCACACUGCAGUUCUGCAUCGUGAAACCCCUCAUGGCCAUCAUCACCAUCAUCCUGCAAGCAUUUGGGAAGUACCACGACGGGGACUUCAACGUCCAAAGUGGUUACCUCUACAUCACCAUCAUCUACAACUUCUCUGUCAGCCUGGCACUUUACGCACUUUUCCUCUUCUACUUUGCCACCAUGGACCUGCUGCGCCCGUUUAAGCCAGUGCUCAAGUUCAUCACCAUCAAGGCAGUCAUCUUCCUCUCCUUCUGGCAAGGGACGCUGCUUGCAAUCCUGGAGAAAUGCGGGGUGAUCCCUGAAGUUCAAAUCAUUGAUGGGAAGGAGGUGGGAGCUGGGACAGUAGCUGCUGGCUACCAGAACUUCAUCAUCUGCAUUGAGAUGUUCUUUGCUUCCAUUGCCCUGCGCUAUGCAUUCACCUGCCAGGUGUACAGAGAAAAGAAAGAAAAUACAACAGCAAACCUUGCCCCAAUGCAGAGCAUCUCGAGUGGGCUGAAGGAGACCAUAAGCCCCCAGGACAUCGUGCAGGAUGCGAUCCACAACUUCUCACCCGCGUACCAGCACUACACCCAGCAGUCAAUGCAGGAGAUGGAGCACAAAGCACCAGGGGAGAACGGGCACAUGGGCUCCAAGGCAGAGGGACUGAGUGGCAGGAAGAGCAAAAACAUUGAGAAGAGAGUUCUGAUCCUGUCAGAUGAAGAGCUGUAGGAGACAUCAGAGAGCACAGUGACACUGGAGAGGUUUAAACCCAUGCAAAUGGGAGCUGUCUCGAGCCUGAGGCAACCUGGUCUAAUCGGAGUACCGAGAAGCCAGGAACUCUACCCAAAAAGUCAGGCUCAUGAAAGGAGGAUGCAAUAACCCAGGGAAAGGUUUAAUCAAAUAGUGCCAGCUUCUGCUGCCCCAGCUCUGCUGGUGUUAGGGACUGGGCUCUCUUUGCUCCUGCAACCAACCAGCCCCGUGGUGCAGCCUGGGGCUGCCAGACAGGGAGAGGAGCUGAGCUGCAGGACAGGCCAGCUGCCCUUACCCUCCUCUCACCUCCAAAGCAGAGCUGAGGCCUGAGAGAAAUGCUUUUCUCAGCACAGUUCUGCUCUAGUUUCUCCUGAAUUGAGUGAAAAAUGAUCUCACAGGGCUCCAUGGAGAAAACCAGCCCAGGAAGGUGACUUCACUUCACCUCAAAACCUGGUAACAGCUGAAAGACAUCAUCCUUUAUUUUUACAUCUUCCCCCCUCUCCUUUCCCCAGAAAAGCCAACAGUGUUGUGCAGAAAACCUUUACCAGGAAGGAAGUGUAAGUCACUCUUUUCUCCCUCCAGAUGGGGAUGCAGCUGUCCCAGUAACUCCCCCAGGAGCAGUGGCAGGACCUCACUGGGGCUAACCAGAGGUCUCACAGCUGCAUUUCUCAGAGCUGCCGGUGACAGAAGCACUUGUUUAUGUCUAAACCGACUUAUCUCUGAAUGGAUCAGGAGUUAAAAGGGAUUCCAGCUUCCUUAUCAGAGUCUUUAUUAGGGAACCAGACUGUGACUGGUGGCAGUCGGAAUGCGCUUACUGGGAACUGUCUGUUCCUCCUAACCCUUUGCUAUUUACUAGCCCUGGGCUUUGCCCAAGCUGGAGGAAGGCAGGAGGGAGCAAAGCCCUGCUGGUGAGGGGUGACAGGGAUGGAGGGGUGCUAGGGGCUGCUGCCACUUGGGUCAGGACCUGGGGGAAAGAUGGGGAUUCUCCCCAUAUCGAACAGUGAUGGAGAGCACAUAUCCUUCUGCUAAACUUCCCUGAUUUUUUUUCCUCCAAAUUUCAGUCCAAUUUUUAGUCGAAAUUCUAUUCCUUUGUUAAUCACAUGAUCUCUGGGAAUUUACUUAAGCACUGUCCAGGCUGCUGUUUGGGGUGGGAGCUGCAUACUGGAAGGACAAAGGUAACUCUACAGUCUCAGUUUGCAGUCAGGUGGCAGACAAAGCCAUGAGUAAGGCUUAGUGCCGUUUCACACACAAAUCCUACUGGGUUGGGUUUUUUCCCCUGCUCUUAAGCUGCAAAAUGUAAAUCAAAACAUUAAAUUACUUUAUUUAUGAAUUUUUUUUCUAAUAAAUAGCAAUUUCUACCAC